AAUGUUUAGUCAUGCAGGAUUGAAUAUUUCAUUUAAAUUAGUGAUAACAUUUUUUCAGUAGUUUGCAUCUACUUUUCAACAAGUUUACAUUUGAAAGCAAAAUAGAGAUUUAUCUCUUUUAAUUUAACACUUCACAUUUUUACAUGGAAAGCAAAGAUAUAAUUUUAUUUUUUAUUCUAGGUACAUGUACACUAACUAGGUUGAAGACAGCCAAGGACAAUGAAUGAUACAGUAACAAAAGUGCAUGCUGGAGCAUCAGAAAUUACAGACUUGGGAAUAAAUAUUUGCAUAAUACACAUUUAGUGAAAGCAUAUAUUGAAAUUGUUGAAAUACAUUACCAGUGUUGUGUUUGGAUAUAAGCUACAAAAUGGGGCUAUUCACCAGUAUAAAUGCUUCAUGGCCAGGCAGUUCCCAUGACAGCCAUAUAUUUAGAAUUUCCAAUGUGUGCAGAUACCUAGAGGCUAGGCACCAAGGUUUUGAAAAAGGUGUUCUGCUAGGGGAUAGUGGAUAUCCAUGUAGGCCAUUUCUGCUGACACCCUAUCUCAACCCAACCAGUGAGAGAGAAGAGAGGUACAACAGGGCACACACAUCUACAAGAAAUGCUAUAGAGAGGACUUUUGGAGUGUGGAAAAGGAAAUUUCAUGUUUUGCAUUCUGAGGUUCGAAUGAAAGCAGCAAAGGUCAGUAAAAGUGAUUGUGGCUUGUGCAGUCCUCCAUAACCUGGCCAUACUUUGGAAUGAACCUGAGCCACAGGAGCCUCAAGAUGAUGAUGAGCAGCCUCAGCCAGACCAAUACCAGGGACCUCAGGAUGGCCGUGGAUCAGAAAUUAUGUGACCAACACCUUUUUUUUAACAUGUUCUGGAGUGACUGUGAUUUCUGCUAUGCAUACAGCAUAUUGC